CUCGUUUGAGGAUUGCAGGUUGCUUUAUUUCCGUGUCACCGUUGCAUUUUAUAUGAUUUUGCUCCAAUCUCUUAUCUACUGCGGUGGGGUUGCGUGCCACUGAACAUAUAGUCUAUUUUUAUUUUAAGGGGUUGUGCGUUCAGAUGCGCGAAGGGCUUUUUCUUGUCAUAUACAGAGACAGUGGCUGCCUGCAGUUUCACAAGCACAUCCCAACCCUUGUCACUUGGAUGAUUCGUUUUGUAUCCAGCCAAGGAGAGCAGCCUAAAGCACAGCAUAUCAGUGCUAGAGAGGGCACAACGCGUUGGAUUUACCAUUGUGGAUAUAUUAUUCAUCGAAUCUACAAAUACUAUCAGUAAAGUACAUAUUUGCACAAGAAAAAUAUGGAGUUUUGGGAGUAAGCAAAAAUAUAAAGAAGAUGGACAGAUUAUGGGCUACAAAAGGUUUAGGACGCUAGUCAGAAAAGGCAUUUGCAGUGACUGCAGUAAUCAUCCAAUGUGUCGGAGAUUUUAAUUUCUUGAAGUUGAGCUUGUGUACGGCAGGAUUUUAAAAGGCCAAAAUUAGACGAAAACGCAGAACAGUAAAUGGAAAUGGCUAUAUAAUAUCAUUGUACCAUUUCUUCAAACGGAUAUCGUUUUGCAUAAUUGUUUACAUUUUGAACCUUGCUCAGUGGCUGCUUUCUCGGCAAUGGGUUGUCUUCGUUAUAGGGCAGGGACCAGAUCCCGCCGCAGGUGGCUGAACCUUUGAUGGGACUUGAGGUAUCAAAGAUAUGGUGAAUUUAUUAAUCUACAGCAUGAAGAAGUUUCUAUGGAUUUGUAGCUAAGAAAGUAACAAAAAAGGUCCUGGAGCUUUCCUGCUUUUCUUUGAAUGAAAGGCACUAGAACAUCAUUAUAGACCCAGAAAAACCCAAGGAGAAAAGCAAUAUUUCCAUUCCCUUUUGGACAAGAAAACUGCUGUGGCAUUUUCAAGUCAUACAUGUCUGACCUCAAAACCAUGUGGUCAAUUCAGAUGCUUUUCUUCAUGGUUUUGUCCACACCUCUAAUUUAUGCCUUUAGCCGUGCUCCAAUUCCAAUGGCAGUGGUCAGGAGAGAACUGUCCUGUGAGAGUUACCCAAUUGAGCUCCGCUGUCCAGGAACAGAUGUUAUCAUGAUUGAAAGUGCCAACUAUGGUAGAACUGAUGAUAAAAUUUGUGACUCAGAUCCUGCUCAGAUGGAGAAUAUCCGCUGUUAUCUGCCAGAUGCCUAUAAGAUCAUGUCUCAAAGAUGCAAUAACCGUACACAGUGUGCUGUGGUAGCUGGUCCAGAUGUGUUUCCUGAUCCAUGUCCGGGAACGUAUAAGUACCUGGAGGUCCAGUAUGAAUGUGUCCCAUACAAAGUGGAACAAAGAGUUUUCCUAUGCCCAGGAUUACUUAAAGGUGUUUAUCAAAGUGAACAUUUAUUUGAGUCUGAUCACCAGUCUGGCGCUUGGUGUAAAGAUCCCCUACAAGCUUCUGACAAAAUAUACUAUAUGCCAUGGACACCAUACAGAACUGAUACCUUAACAGAGUACUCUUCCAAAGAUGACUUCAUUGCCGGGCGACCAACUACAACCUAUAAGCUUCCUCAUAGGGUUGAUGGCACAGGAUUUGUUGUCUAUGAUGGAGCUCUAUUUUUUAACAAAGAACGUACAAGGAACAUUGUCAAAUUUGACCUCAGAACAAGAAUAAAAAGUGGAGAGGCCAUUAUUGCUAGUGCCAAUUAUCAUGAUACUUCCCCAUAUAGGUGGGGUGGUAAAUCAGAUAUUGAUCUUGCAGUAGAUGAGAAUGGAUUGUGGGUCAUCUAUGCAACAGAACAAAAUAAUGGUAAAAUAGUUAUUAGCCAAUUGAACCCAUACACUUUAAGAAUUGAAGGAACCUGGGAUACAGCUUACGAUAAACGUUCAGCAUCAAAUGCAUUCAUGAUUUGUGGGAUAUUGUAUGUAGUGAAAUCUGUAUAUGAAGAUGAUGACAAUGAAGCCACUGGAAAUAAGAUUGACUACAUUUACAAUACUGACCAAAAUAGGGAUGGUUAUGUAGACAUACCUUUUCCUAAUUCAUAUCAAUAUAUUGCAGCUGUGGAUUAUAAUCCCCGUGACAACCUUCUAUAUGUUUGGAAUAAUUAUCACGUGGUAAAGUAUUCUUUGGAUUUUGGAGCUCUUGACAGUAAAUCAGGUCAUAUUUCUUAUAUUCCUCCUUCGAAUCAUUUAGACUCAGAUUUUGGGAAGCUGCCAUCAAGAGAAAUAUCCCCAUCACGACCAUUUAUAGUGGACAGUACAACAGCAACUACUACUCAUCGGAUAACCACAACAAGCACAGGAAGAACAACCACUGCAUCCAUAUCCAGUUGGAAAAAUAGAAGUACUACCACAUUACCCCCAGUUGGUGAUGUUCCGCUUGAAGUUACAACCCGCCCACCCCCUGCUUCUUCUCAGCUGCCUGCUAUUGGUACAGAGAGUUGUGAAGCUGUAGAGGCCAGAGAAAUCAUGUGGUUUAAGACUCGACAAGGUCAAAUAGCAAAACAACCAUGUCCUCUGGGAACAGUAGGUGUGGCGACAUAUCUUUGUCUUUCUCCAGACGGUAUAUGGAACCCACAGGGUCCUGACCUGAGCAACUGUUCAUCUCCUUGGAUCAACCACAUUGGACAGAAGCUGAAAUCACAGGAAACGGCUGCCAACAUUGCAAGGGAACUUGCAGAGCACACCAAAGGACACUUGAAUGCUGGAGACAUAACAUAUUCAGUCCGUGCCAUGGAUCAGCUGGUAGAUUUGCUGGACGUUCAACUUAGGAACUUAACUCCAGGUGGAAAAGACAGUGCAGCACGAAGCCUAAAUAAACUGCAGAAAAGAGAGCGAUCAUGCAGAGCAUACGUCCAAGCAAUGGUUGAGACAGUUAACAACCUACUUCAGCCGCAGGCCCUGAAUGCAUGGAGAGACUUGACUAUAAAUGAUCAGCUGCGUGCGGCCACCAUGUUACUUGACACCGUGGAGGAAGGAGCAUUUGUGCUGGCCGAUAACCUUUUGAAAACUGACAUUGUGAGAGAAAACACAGAUAAUAUUCAACUGGAAGUUGCAAGGCUAAGCACUGAUGUGAAUCUGGAAGAUCUGAGGUUUCCACAGAACUUAGUUCAUGGCAGCUCAAUUCAGUUAUCAGCAAACACUCUGAGACAAAAUGGACGGAAUGGAGAGAUAAGAGUUGCUUUUGUCCUGUACAACAAUUUGGGUCGCUAUCUGUCUACAGAGAAUGCCAGCAUGAAAUUAGGAACUGAAGCUUUGACCACAAAUCACUCUGUCAUAGUCAACUCUCCUGUCAUUACUGCAGCAGUUUAUAAAGAAUCCACUAGUAAGGUGUAUUUGGCCGACCCAGUGGUUUUUACAGUAAAACAUAUUAAGCAAUCUGAAGAUAAUUUUAACCCAAACUGCUCUUUUUGGAGCUACUCAAAAACCAACAUGUCUGGACAUUGGUCAACACAAGGAUGUAGACUUCUAUCAACCAACAAAACACAUACAACAUGUUCUUGCAAUCAUUUAACAAACUUUGCUGUUCUCAUGGCUCAUGUUGAAGUUAAGCACAACGACAUAGUUCAUGACCUCCUCUUAGAUGUUAUUACCUGGGUUGGAAUCCUACUCUCCCUAGUUUGCCUCCUGAUUUGCAUCUUCACAUUUUGUUUUUUUCGUGGCCUUCAAAGUGAUCGCAACACCAUUCACAAAAAUCUUUGCAUUAGUCUUUUUGUGGCAGAGCUACUUUUCCUAAUUGGGAUUAACCGGACUGAUCAACCAAUUGCAUGUGCAGUGUUUGCUGCACUUCUUCAUUUCUUCUUUUUGGCGGCUUUUACCUGGAUGUUCCUGGAAGGAGUUCAGCUUUAUAUCAUGCUGGUUGAAGUCUUUGAAAGUGAACAUUCAAGAAAGAAAUAUUUUUAUUUGGUGGGCUAUGGAAUGCCAGCUCUCAUCGUAUCUGUGUCUGCAGCAGUAGAUUACAGAAGUUAUGGAACAGAUAAAGUGUGCUGGCUUCGACUUGACACAUACUUUAUAUGGAGCUUUAUAGGACCAGCUACCUUAAUAAUUAUGCUUAAUGUAAUAUUCCUUGGGAUUGCUCUUUAUAAAAUGUUUCAUCACACUGCUAUACUGAAACCGGAAUCUGGCUGUCUUGACAAUAUCAAAUCAUGGGUUAUAGGUGCAAUAGCUCUUCUCUGCCUCUUAGGACUAACCUGGGCUUUUGGACUCAUGUAUAUUAAUGAGAGCACAGUCAUCAUGGCAUAUCUCUUCACAAUUUUCAAUUCUCUUCAGGGAAUGUUUAUAUUCAUUUUCCAUUGUGUCCUCCAAAAGAAGGUACGUAAAGAAUAUGGGAAAUGCCUACGUACACAUUGCUGUAGUGGCAAGAGUACAGAGAACUCCAUUGGCUCAGGGAAAACAUCUGGUUCUCGAACUCCUGGGCGGUAUUCCACUGGCUCUCAGGUAAACAAUAGUCGAAUCCGAAGGAUGUGGAACGACACAGUUAGAAAACAAUCUGAGUCUUCCUUUAUUACUGGAGAAAUAAACAGUUCAGCUUCUCUUAACAGAGGAGCCAUGGCUAAUCAUCUAAUAACCAAUGCUCUACUACGUCCUCAUGGCACUAACAAUCCUUAUAAUACUUUACUCGGGGAAGCAGCGGUCUAUAACAACCCAUCUAUCAGCAUGUACAACACACAAGAGGGGCUGCUGAACAAUGCCAGGGAUACAAGUGUCAUGGAUACUCUACCACUGAAUGGUAACCAUGGCAACAGCUAUAGCAUUGCCAGUGGUGAAUACCUAAGUGACUGUGUACAAAUAAUUGACCGUGGCUUUAACCAUAAUGAGACUGCCUUAGAGAAGAAGAUUUUGAAGGAACUCACUUCAAAUUAUAUACCUUCUUACAUGAACAGUCAUGAUCGCUCAUGUGAGCAGAAUAGAAAUCUGAUGAACAAACUGGUAAAUAACAUAAAUAAUGUGAAUGAGGAUGACGCAAUUGUUCUUGAUGAUGCCACCUCCUUUAGUCAUGAUGAGAGUCUGGGCUUAGAACUUAUACAUGAGGAGUCUAAUGCCCCCUUGCUGCCAACACGAGUAUACUCAACAGAGAACCACCAGCCUCACCAUUUCACUAGGAGACGGAUUCCACAGGAUAACAGUGAGAGUUUUUUCCCACUGCUAACCAAUGAGCACACUGAAGAAAUACAAUCACCCAACAGGGAUUCUCUGUACACUAGUAUGCCUACAUUAGCUGGCAUGUCUGCCUCAGAGGGUGUAACCACUAGCACCCAGACUGAGCCUCCGCCAGCCAAAAAUUGUGAUACAGAUGAUGUUUACUACAAAAGCAUGCCAAACUUGGGCACCAGAAACCAUAUACAUCAACUUCACACUUACUAUCAAUUAGGUCGGGGCAGCAGUGAUGGAUUCAUAGUACCCCCAAACAAAGAUGUAACUCCCCCUGAGGAAAAUUCCAAAGGACCUGCUCACCUGGUUACUAGCCUAUAGAAGACAAAAGCAAAAAAAUAUGGGAUUCAAGAUAAUAAACAUUUAAAUCUGGUUUACUUUUCUGAUUUAAUAUAAGCAGUGGUAAUAUUGUUCGUGCUCCUAAAUCUUCAUGCUGUUCUAAAGACUUAAAGACUUUUUUUAAUUGGGAUUUUUAGUCCUGCUUGAGGGAGAAUAUAUUCAUUUAAUGCUCCCCCUUCUUGUUCCUUGGCCCAUAAUGACUUCAUUAUGUUAAUGAAAGGAAUAAGAAAGUUAUUGGCACUCUUUGUGGCCUUCUUUAAUUAUGCUGUUAAACCUACCCUGAUGCUCUGUUUCUAAACUACAAGGACAUUAUUUAACGGCUAAUAUGCUUUUAAAGAAUCUAGUAGUUGUGAUGCAUAAGGAUCAGAGUGCUGCAAUGUCACAGAACUGUUUACUAUGAAUAUGUAUCCCAUUGUGGCUUUUGGUCACUUAUUUUAAACACAGUGUGCUUAUCUGUGGAAAUUUUAGAAAAACAAACCAACAAAAAAAAAAUCUAAUAAAAUGAAGGGAAUAUUUUAGAAUCAUAUGCUAAACGCAUAUAUUUAUGUUUUGCUGUAUUAACUGACUAUACAAAAACAACACACUAAUGACAGAUGAAAAAGAGAAGUUUUAUGUACUGUACAGAUACUAGAAUUGCACAUAUAGUAUGCUUUUUGUUCCUCUGAAAUUUGCGUCCCUGUUAAUGUAGUGGAUAAAAAUACAAACUUUUUUUCUGUUGUGCUUGUCUUACAAAUUUUGUCUACCAAGAAAGAACAAUUUGUCUAUAAAUUUUCCAGGGCAAAUAAUACCUAUUUAAUAAUAUAUACAUUUUUCAAUGAGACAGCUUGAAAAAAAAUAAAAAUCAAACGUAGUAAUUUGAUUUUAGUUUGUGUUAAUAUAUUAUUUUUUAACUGUUCAACAAUUCGAUACACUUGUGAAAAAGAUUUUUUUUUUCAAACGUGCACAGAUAAUAAAUUAAGUUUUGUAUUUUAAAAUCCCUUAACAGGUGCAUCAUCCCCUCAAAAAUGGAAUGUUUUGCAGGUAGUCAUUGUAUACUGCAGAAUUUCAAAAUGUGGUGACAAUCUCAUUCAAAUUAUUGGUGUUUAUGUAUGUUUUGGCCCAGACACUAUGCAUAGCAGUGACUGAUUUUUUUUAGUCAAAAAGGCAGGAAAACCUAAAUGAUAAUAACAAUAAUAAAAACAAUUGUAACAACUA